AUGCACAGCACUGUGGACGUCCGCUCUCUCAGAAGCGAUACACAAGAACAAAUCAGACGUAAUUCUGUGGGUAGGUUUGGCUCGCUGGACGAGUUUGCAAGGCGACAUAGCUUAGAUACAAAGGGAAGAAUAUUCGCACAUUGUCGAGAAUCUGGUGAUAUUGUAGAGCCCAAGAUAGAUUUAUCAGGGAAAGGUAAUUAG